AUGUGCACUCGACAAUCUCAUGACCAAGGACCGCUACAGGAGUCCGCUGGAUACCUGAUCUCCUUUCUCGACUUCAUCAUCAAUGAGGCGGUGGUCAAUAGAGGUGUUGUUCCGGAAACGGCUCUGCGCACAAUUUUCUGGCAAUUGGUGAAAUGUAUCCAAUAUGCGGGUCGAAUCCAUGAAAGCGCUCUCAUGGACAUAAACAAGAGGUCGCUCCAUGUCCUCCUGAAGCUGUGGAUGACGACUUGGAAAAUCUCUCAGAUCUCUGACGCCGUACGCGAAGGUGAAUUUUCCGCGCUUUCGUACGCUCCAGCGAACUCCCUCACUCAUCUGAUGUUUUGGGAUCUUGUACUGGCUUGCCGGAGGAGUCGAGCACCCUGCGCAUGUCUGCGAGAAACUUUGAUUGAAAUCACAGAUCAUCGUACGGGGGCGUUCUGGGAGGAUCUCAUCAAAAUCGAGGAACAGGAAAUCUUGCUAGGGGAUGAGGAAUGGUCUUUAUUCGGUCAAGGUUCCACGGAAUUGGAAAGCACCUUUCAGCUAGACUUGGUGACGAUGCUUCUCGAGAAUAAUGUCCAGCUCCCUCCGAAUGCAGCCUAUUGCCGUCUGCUACUCCUGUCUUCCCUGAAUUCGAGUCCUGAAACUACAGUCAUGAAAGCCAAGGUGCUGAUCUCGUAUUGGCCACAACACGCAAUGGAGUUGUUCCUGCCCAUUCUCGAUCAUUUCCUAGUCAAUAUCGAUGUUUCUAACGAGAAGCGCGCUCUCGCGGGGGCCGGCCUCUUCGCUGAGGAUGAGAUUUCCGCCAAGAGCUUGCUCGAUACCUUGGAAACUCUGACAAGCGCAUCUAAUGCAAGGCAAAACAAUGCUUUCUUGGAAUGUCUGUCUCUCGCAUCAGAUAUUCUCCGGGAUUCGAAUCGGAACGCUCUGCGUCAAAUCACCGGCCGAGUUUACUUGAAAGUCUCCCGCGCGAAAGUUUUGACAUUCUCUAAUCGGGGAUUGUCGAAUUUCACGCUUCUCAUGCUCGUUCUCGCCAGAUUCAGCGAAACUCCGGCGGAUAUUCUGAAACGCUUCAGAGAUAUCGCGAUCCCCGGGCGGGAUGUCACCAUCUCCCCGGCUAAAAUAAGGCUGCUCUGCGCCUCGCAAGCCUCAUUCCAGUUGCUGAUGAAUCUUAUGGAGAAAUCCAUCGACCUCAAGCCGGUUCUGAAUUUUGUUCUUGAACGUCUCGACCAAGAUAUCAAGAUCUACGCGGGAGAAAUCGUACCUACCUUACUCGAAAUAUUCGAGCAUCUAGCGGCAUCAGGAGCUCUCAACAGAGGUUUAAUGUUCGAUCCACAGCUCGGUACAUUAUUCGACCGGAGCCCCGCUUCCAUUCAAGUGUCCAUAUUAGCUUCCUGCGGUGAGGUGGUCGAUUCAUUCUCCGACCAGAAAAGGUCGACGUCGGACCACACGGCUGCGAGGAACGAGUUCGCAAAGUCCACAGCGACGGUCGGUUUGCACAUGGUAUGCAGCAUCCUCCGAAGACUCGAGAAAUAUUCGUACGGCUACGAACUCAACUGUGCAGCCGAUUUCUCGUCGAAAAUCCUCCGAUGUCUCAUGAAAUGGCAAGAAGAAAUCGGGCCCGUGAAGCUGUUCAACGAGCUCAUCGCGUCCCAAAUGGCCGUGCAGCCGGUCUUCGUGGCCCGACUCCUCGCAAACAUCGGCAGCAACGAUCGGGAAAUGUUUCGCAAGUUUUGGUCGGAGCUCGACGAAUCGGAUGUCGUGUUACUGAAGUUAUUCAUGCUUGUCAAAGCACCCAACGAAGACAUGGAUACGCUCUCGAAGUCAGUCUUCGAGAUGAAAGCUACCUCGAGCGAGGCCCAAGUAAACAGCUAUUUUAAUUGUGACGCCAUGCAGCGUUACCAGCGGACUGUUCGAUCGUGGGCCAAGCGUCUCGAAGCCCUGAUGAGAUCAGACAAAAUACAUCAGGCGGUCCUCUUCAGAAAGAAAGUUCGUGCGGUGCUGGCCGCGAUCCGCUUCGAUACCAAGUCCGUGGCUGAACUGCCGAGCGGGCAAGUUUCCCAUCUCUACAGAGCGGUCUCGACCCUGUUCUCGGGAGCCCCGGAGCUGUUAUACACGAAAGGCCUUGCCGACUGUCCCCUGCCCUCACUUCUCGAGGUGUUCGUACAUCCGAAGACGCUAAUCCGGGAAGGUAAAACGGCGCUUCCUCGCUCGCAGAUGGAGGGAAUGAGAACACAGGGCCACCAUUUUCUGAUUGGUCUCGCGAAACUCCUGCGAGGCGACGCGCUGAUCUCGAGGAAACUCAGCGAAAUCGUUUCGUACUAUUGCAAACAGUUUCCCCAGGCGACACCGAUAUCGUCGUAUUUCAUCCACGUCUGCAAGGAAUCUGAGUCCUUGACGAAAACCAUGGGAGACAUUCUCUGGAACCUCGAUUUGGACAGGAGUGCAAUUAUCGAAAUUCUUGUCACCGUUGUCAAGAAAGUCUCGGAGCAUGUAUCGAGUCCCCAGGGAGUUCGCAAUUUCCAUCUGGUUCUGGGAGCCAAAUUUCUACCAAGUUACGAGACCGUUCUCCUGAGUAAAUUCAGGAAUUUACUCGAUUGCUGCUUCAUCCCCUGCGGAAUCCACUGCCCCAAUGAAACUUCAUCGAUCUCUCCUGUGCUUGAGACCCUCAUGAAGAAAUUGGAUGCGAACCGGAUGAUCAUUUUGCUGGAACAGAUCGCUUCAUCCUGGCCAGAGCUCGCGGCGACAUCGCUCAGACUCCAGAGAGUGACUCACCUGUGCGAUUCUUCGGCAGACUUCAGGUCCCGUCUGGAGAAGAUCAAGGGGAAACUCAAGAGUAUGGCUCUUUCGGAAGAGCGUAUGCCCGGACCUGAUGAGCCCGUCUGA